AUGGACACUUUAAAAGUAGUAAUAAGUUGUAGAGUCACUGCCAUGUAUUAACCCUUGGCACACUUCCUCAUAACCUCGUCCUAGUCUGUGCAUUCCCAUGAGCGAACCACCAAACACACCCCGAGCAGGUCCCAGUAACACAAGUGGCGACAAAUCAAACACACCACUCCCGAUACCACCCCUCGCACGUUCCCAAUCACACCAUUCUACCGCCUCAAAAGCUUCGAAGCCUAUCUCUCGCACUAGUUCGCAACCUCCGACAAACCGUGAAGUUCUACAGCUCCUCGCAGAUGCAGAAUCUGCCGUGCGCGAUCUCCGCGCAGACGUCUCUCUCUUGAAUUCACAACUCUCAUUCGAACAGGACCGUGCUGAUAAUGCAGAGUUUAAAGCAAAGGAAGCAUGCCUACGGUUCAAAGAGGCCAACGAUGCGCGCGUAGUCUCUCAAAGCGAGAUUGUACGACUGACAGAAGAGCUAAGACUAUACAAAGACGCUCUCGAACAAGCCCAGAAGGAGAUUUUCCGUGCGCAGGGCGUGAUGAAGGACGUCGAAGACAGGAGGAGGGAUGCAGAGGAGAGCGCUGCGAAAUCAAGGACUAGGUUGCGCAAAUUGAUGGAGGAGAAGAUGAUUGAAGUCGCUCGUGAGGAGGGCCGUAAACAGGGUCUCCAGGAAGGACUGGAGAUGGGGAAGGAUAUGGGGUACGUGCAUGGGCGGACAAAGGGUUAUGCACAAGGUCGAGUAACAGCAGAUCGUGUCCUAGACCGCUACUUUGCUGCCCCCAGUGACGAUGAAGGUAGCGAUUCGAGAGGUGGCUCUGUUGAGGCGCAGAAUACCCCGCGAUUCAGGCCAGAGCCGGUAUCGCGCACUUCCAGCGAACAAUCACGUCCUCUUACGCCUACACGUCCUCGCACGCCUACACGCCCCCGCGCUCAACCUCAACCUCAACCACAACCACAGCAACAGCAACGUCCACCCCAGACCUCAUCUGCGCGCAGUACCAUGUUCUCCCCUGCCAACGCGAUGGACGAUAUUCCUUCAGAUGGUUGGAUCCCAGAAGCUGAUUCUUCUCUCAUCAUCCGCUUGCCACCUCCACAUGAGUUUCAGCGCUCGCGUCGUACGCCCUCCCCCAUUUGUUCAAGUCCUGACACACCUUUGCGCUCCCUACCCCAAGAUCCUGUACUUAUGGUACCAGAGCCUCGAUCUCCUGGCGCGCCGUUAUAUUCGGUCCCUGCUUCGGACUCUCGUAACCAACGAACGGUACGUCGGAGAGCUUCGGGUACGGAAAGUAUGACCUCUACGAGGACGUCGGAACUAGAGCUGCUUAGUCCUCCGGAGCACCAUCAAUCUAGCGGGCUGAGUGUCAUUCCCGAGGUUACGAGCGUACGUGAGCAGAGUACGCCUAGUAGCCGGAGCAUGAGAGCGAGUGUAGAAGAAGAAGCAGACGAGGGUGGCUUCGUACAUGUUUCUAUGCCAGCCCCGCGUUCGUCUAGAGAACAGAUUCGGCUGCAGAAAGCACCGUCUGCUAUAUCAGUAGCUAGAUCACCAGCACAACAAUCAACGCGUCCCAUUAGUUCAUCAUCAUCUGGUACCGUCAACAUUACGAUCCAACCGCCCUCACGUCCCGCAUCCAACAUGUCGCAGCACACGUGACACCGUCGAUGGUGCCUAUACCGCCUACAGGUAGCACGAUGUAUUCAAACUUACCUCCAGGCCUCCCACCUGGGUUCGUACCCACCGGUCCACCGACCACGCGUUCAUACACACCAAGCAGCAGCGUAGCAGCACCUGCCAGCUCCUCCCAGCACGGUCAUCACCAAUACAGCGGACCCACCAACCACCAAUACGCCAGCAACACGAUCGUAGUCCCGUGCAGCCCCAAAACGAUACACGACGACCCGAACGAACCAGUAGUGAUUCCCCCUCCCUCUCAGAAGUUUGGGCCUGAGUCGGAUGACGACUCCAGUGAUACUAG